GGCAAUGACGAGAGGGUAGCAACAGUUGCCCCGGUGAAGGCAAGGCGCCAUAGUCACGGUAGUCCUGGCGACAAGAACCAAGCAACGGGGUCAACAACAACAACCUAAAUCUAAGGAAAAAAACUUUAACGACCAAAAAGGACUAUACUUGGAUAAACUGGAGAACUAGUGCCUCAAAGCAUUGGUUGCCAUGGCAACUUCCGGAUACUCAGAGGACCUUCAGCCUCAGCAGGCCAACACAGUAACCAUAGCAACACCUGCUGCCACCACACCCUCAUCCGCAAAGACAGCACACUUCCUGUCUGAGAUCCCACCAACCUCUGGAACCACUGAAACUGCAAACCAAUCAGCCACUGCCUCAAAAACAGGACAGGAUGCACUUUGUUCUCAAGCGCCGCCCACCCAGGCCCAGAGCCAGAAGGCAGUGGUUCUGACCACUCCAACGCAGCACUAUGUGACCCCGGAAAUCCAGCACUCCACGGUCCAGAAGAGUAAUGGUCAGAGCGGCUCGCCUCAGUACAUCAUAGUAACUGUUACAGAGGGUUCUGUUCACUCCAAUGACAGUCUGUCGGACUCCAGCCCGCCUGUUCCUGGCGUUCCUACUCAGGUGGUCCAACCAGUGCAGACCACACCACAGCAGAGGUCAGUGUUGCAAGCAGUGUCACAGACAGCCAAGAGGAUUCAGACAGGCCACAUCAACAACCUACAGUCUGUGCACAUUAACCAGGAGGUGGAACAUGUGUACUCUGGCCAGGUGCAGUAUGUGGAUGGGGCAGGAGAUGGAAAUUUCACCACAUCCACCAUUCGAUCGAGCAACUACCCUUUCUCCGACUCGCCCCUCUACUCCCAGACCCCUCCCACCUCCUCUUCCACCUACUAUGAGGCUACACCCAGCUCUGAGUCAGACAUCACUGGAUCUGUGACCUCGCAGCCAGUUUCUGUGGCAACAGGAGGAACCAAUAGCGGGGCAGCUGCUGCGGGUGCAGCAGGCUAUGUCAUUCAGGGAGGUUAUGUUUUAGGAGGAGGGGGGGGAGCAGCAACAGGUGGAGGAGGAGGAGGAGGACAGAGUUACUCUAGCCCUAAUUCUCGUGCCCCACCUGCUACUGUGCAGUGGCUGUGUGAUAACUACGAGGGGGCCGAGGGGGUGAGUUUACCUCGCUGCACCCUCUACUACCACUACCUGCUGCACUGCCAGGAGCAGAAACUAGAACCUGUUAAUGCCGCGUCUUUCGGCAAACUCAUCAGAUCUGUCUUCAUGGGGCUACGUACACGAAGAUUAGGGACCAGAGGGAAUUCUAAGUACCACUAUUAUGGCCUGAGGAUCAAAUCUGGUUCCCCGCUGCUCAGACUGAUGGAUGAACAACAGCACUUGGCGAUGAGGCAGCAGCCUUUCUCACAGAAAAACAGUAGGAUAAAGCCAGUUCAGAAGACACAGGGGAUCACCAAUGGGAUGUCGGGUGGGACAGGUCAACAGCAGGCGACAGCACUCUGUGAUAUUUCAGCCCAGGUGCAACAGUAUCAGCAGUUUCUGGAGGCGUCAAGGCCGCUGCCAGACUUUGUGGACAUGGAUCUGCAAGAUCGAACCCUGCCUGAUGGGAUCCUUUUAGAACACCUCAAGGCCUUUCAAACUCUCUACAGAGAACAUUGUGAGGCCAUUCUUGACGUGAUGGUCAACCUUCAGUUCACUCUUGUGGAGACACUGUGGAAAUCCUUUUGGAGGUUCAGCCAGAGCAAUGACACGGAAUCACUCAACCUGCACAAUGAGUCAGAGAAGCGUCUGCCCAAAUCGUGCCUGGUGGUCCUGUGUAAAUUUGAGCCAGUGCUGCGCUGGACAAGAGAGUGUGACAACCUCCUGUACCAGACUCUGGUGGAGAUCCUCAUCCCUGAUGUGCUGAGACCCAUCCCUAGUGCCUUAACUCAGGCCAUCCGUAACUUUGCCAAGAGUCUGGAGAACUGGUUGACGGGUGCCAUGAUGAACAUCCCAGAGGAGAUGGUUCGCACAAAGGUGGUGUGUGUAGGUUCCUUCUCCCAAACGCUGCGUCGCUACACCAGCCUGAACCACCUGGCCCAGGCUGCCCGUGCUGUCCUCCAGAACUCAGCCCAGAUCAACCAGAUGCUCUCUGACCUCAACCGGGUCGAUUUCACCAACGUACAGGAGCAGGCAUCCUGGGUGUGUCAGUGUGAAGACCGUGUGGUCCAGAGGCUGGAACAAGACUUUAAAAUGACUCUGCAGCAGCAAAACUCCUUGGAGCAGUGGGCUACAUGGCUGGAUGGUGUCGUUUCCCAGGUCCUAAAACCCUACGAGCACAACCCUGCCGCCCUACCAAAGGCUGCCAAGGUCUUCCUGCUCAACUGGUCCUUCUAUAGUUCUAUGGUAAUUCGGGACCUGACUCUGCGCAGCGCUGCCAGUUUUGGCUCCUUUCACCUGAUCCGCUUGCUGUAUGAUGAAUAUAUGUACUACCUGAUAGAGCACAGGGUGGCCCAAGCUAAAGGAGAGACACCUAUUGCGGUGAUGGGAGAAUUUGCCAGCACUGUCAAGAGCAGAACCUCACCAGACCUGGAUAAAGAAGAAGAAGAAGACGACGAUGAGGAGGAGAGCGAAGAAGAGAGCGGAGAUCUCGUGCUGCAGUCCAGCUCUCUGAGUGCGGUUGACGAGGAGGAGCCGAUGGAGCCACCCACCAAGCAGCCCAGGACAGCUUUAAACCUGCACACACCUUAGCCAAUCGUCUGUAUGAUCCCACCCACCUUUGCUUUAAAAAUCAUUUCAAAAUCAUGUCACCUCAUUCUGUCACCCUACUUCUGGUUUGCAAACAGAUGACGUUUGAUAUUGUGCGUGCGGUUGUCUGGUGCGUGUGCUAGCAUGUGAGAAAGUGGGAGAGCCCCUUUUGCCAAUUUUGUAUGUUCUUUGUAUGUGCCGCCAUUCUUUUUCUCUCAGCCUUCAUCUGGUCAUUUACAAUCCUUCCCUGUGCCUUCCACUGUCUGUUCAGUGGCUAGACGUCAGUAGCCACUCCUGUCCAGCCUGAACCAAACAAACAAUAUGUCCAAUAUAUUCUCCACUCCCUCCUUCCCUGCCUUAACCACUGACCUGAUUGCUGUGGAGAGAUGAGACGACUCCAGCGUUCUUCAUUGUACUCUAAACUCAAAAAUAUCACUGACAUUGCCUUUAAAGCAAUGACUAUGCAGGGGAGCUGGACUUUAAUGAAUCGUCUGAUACAUUUUAGUAGCAUCUGGAAUGAUACUGCACCAUGAAUUUUGUUGGCACAUGGAUGUUGAUUUACAGCUAUUUGAGGAUGCCAUAUUUUACUUUAUUUUUUAAUGUCAUUUCUUAUUAAUUUGGCCAACUAACUGAUACCCUGUGCCUUUAAGAGAUUAGUAGCCUGAAAAAGAAAAAGCUUGUACUCUAUAUAUUCUGUAUCGGUGGAUUAAUAAAUGAAGGUCAUGUGAAGUAGUUUUGGUGUUGUCAUGAACUUUUGCUAGCUGUUAAAAAAAAAAAAACUGAGAUGGUGACAGUCGAGCCUCAUUGUGAUGAGUCCACCUAGUUUGCUGUAUUUCAUCCAUUCAUCCAUCCAUCCUUUUAUCCAUUCAUCAUUCAUUCAUUCUUUCAAGCUCAUGAUGUUAUACAUGAAAAUAUACUGCUGCACACACUGACUACUCAAGUGCUAUCCCACCACACACACACUUUGAUAGCUGUAGUGCAGCCACAGGACAAGGCCAAAGCUUAUCGCACUCAUUCAGAAGCACUUACUACACUGUAUCCAUGGCAACCUUUGUACCAGCUAGAUGUACCAGCUACAGCUAUCUCAAAGUUUUUGUAGUGUAAAAGUAGAUGUUUAUUUUCUGGGUUUCUAUGUUGAAUAUAUUGCAGAUAACCUAUAUUAUGUACCUUUUGUGAACACUGUCAUAUAUCUAUUUGUAUGGUGUUUAACCAUUAUUGCCUUAAGAAAUAUGUUGUGGUGUGUUCACCAUCCAGAGUAUUGAGCUAUAUUUUUAUUGUGAUGAUGAUGAUGGACCAAGCAUGUGAACAUGGUGGCUUUCUAGAUGGACCCUUUCCAAAGAGCACAUGCUCAACCAGCAGUUUCUCACAUGGCCUGAGCAGAUGUUGAUUUUAUCAAGUGUUGGACUUUGGUACUCAAAGGAAAAAAUAGAAAAGAUUAUACUUGUAGUGGGAUGUCCCUUCAGGAUGAUCUGACUAUCAAGAUCCCACCAAAGAUCACGAAAUAGAAAAAAAAGGUAUAUUUACAUUUAUUCAUAUGAUGAGGGCAGACUUCAAAAUCUGCCUUCCAAAAUAAAUAAAAUAAAAUCAACUGGUAACUGCAAUUGUCACUAUCAUAAAUAUUGAGACUUGGAUUCUGUCCCUAGCUUGAGUUGCUGAACUUUUUAUAAAUGAGGUCCUCUUGAUGUUAUUCUGAAGUCCUUUGUACUUAAAUCUGUGAUCAACAUUUGUAGCUUUAUUCUCACUGUUAACUAAAAGGAUGCUCUCAAAA